GACAAAUCCAAACGCUUCUAUUUCACUAAUUUUCAACCAAACCUUGUGCAAUUUUUUAACAUAGAAGCAGACAGAUACCAGUGGCAUAUACAAAACCACAAGAAUUUGAACUGUCUUUACACCACCAAUGUCUGGAGAAGCAUCAGCCAAUUGGCUUCCAACCAAAUACCUUAUCUCCUUCUUGUCUUCCAAUCACCACAAAGUUCAUUCAUUCAAGUUCAUCAAUAUAUAUAUAUAUAUAUAUAUAUAUAUGAGCGCAUCACCAAAGAGAAAACACAAUCAAACAUCUCUGUCUUUCAUUUUCUUUCUAUUUUCUUGGCUUUAAUAAAGAAAAUCUCAAACUUGAAUCCUGUCACAGCACAACAUGCAUCAUUCUGAAUCUAUGUCCACAUUCCACAAGUACUUCCCCAGCCUAAGCCUGGACAAAGAUGAAGAUGUUCCCUUUCCAUCAGAAUCUCCUCAAGUUCUCUUCCAGCAGUCCUUCUCCAGUAAUCAUUUGGCUGCCAAGAUUCUUCAGCCAGAUGAUGAAUUCCCGAGUUUGGCAAGUUUAUCAUUGACUAAAGUGGCGAAAGUCCGAGCAUUCAGAAAUUUUCUCUCCAACUUGAACAAAACAAAGGCUUCUGGUGUGGGCAAAGGUGGACCUAAGCAUUCAUGGAGUGAUAUGCCGAAAUUCCUUCUUGCCGGUGCAGUUUCAACUGUUCUAUCCAGAACAUGUAUCGCGCCGUUGGAGAGAAUCAAGCUAGAGUGUAUUGUGCAAGGUUCUAAGCAUUCAUGGAUAGAGAUCAUCAAAUGUAUAUGGGUUUCAGAAGGUUUGAAAGGGUUUUGGAAGGGGAACAUGUUGAAUCUAUUUCGUAUGGUCCCAUUCAAAUCGAUCAACUUUAUAUGCUAUGACAUGUACCUGGAUUGUCUUCUGAGCAUGCCAGAAAAGAAGGAGAUUACAAACCAUGAUAGACUAAUUGGUGGUGGCAUCUCCGGUGUCACUGCUACCAUUUUCUGUCUCCCGCUCGAUACUAUUAGAACAAGACUGGCUGCUCCGGGUGGCGACGCAUUAGGAGGUGUGGCUGGCUGCUUCUAUCACAUGAUGCAUAAUGAAGGCUUCCUCUCUCUUUACAAAGGACUAACUCCAGCUCUGAUGAGCAUAGGACCAGCCAGUGCCGUCUUCUAUGCAGUUUAUGACAUCCUGAAGACUUCAUAUCUCUUGCAUGGUAAGCAGCGAGGCAGUGAGAAAGAUAUUGGUAUUGCAAGGACCUUGCUGUAUGGAGCCAUUGCCGGAGCUUGUGCUGAAACUUUAACAUACCCGCUGGAGGUUAUCAGAAGGCAACUCCAGCUUCAGCAGUCAAGAAGUCUAGGACUGGGUCCAGCCUUCAUCAAGAUGAUACAAAGAGAAGGUGUUAGCUCACUCUUCACUGGUCUCAUUCCUAGCACUCUUCAGGUUUGGUUUUUCCUCGAUGAAGUCUUCCUCUGCACAUUAUGUCUAGUAGUAAUGUUUGGUCUGCUAUGCUUGCAGGUGCUGCCUUCAGCCUCUUUGAGCUAUUUAUUCUAUGAGACGAUGAAGUCUGUAUUGAAAAUCAGUUGAUCAAUUGGUAACCUCCCACUAUAUCUAUGAAUUCAAAUUCAAUUUGGUUGGCAUAGAUAACUGUUUCUAUCCUUGUUCUGGAGCUCUAGCUCAUUAUAAUAGCAGAAGAUGAUGAUCAAAGUGUUGAUAUUUUCCAUAGUAAACCAUGAAAGACGGGAGAAACUGAUAGCAGCUGCACCGGAGAAUAAAGCAUUCAUCAGUGACAAGCAAUUCAACA